ACCCGGCCAUGCCGGGUUUCUACCAGUGCGUCACGUUCGCCUUCUUUCCGUCGCCGUGGCACGAGCGCGCCUACAACCUCUUCUGCCUGCUCGUGCUGUACGGAGUGCCGCUGGCCGCCAUCAUGCUCUGCUACGGCUGCAUCCUGGCAGAGAUUCGCCGAAGCUCCACCGAGUCCGCCGGGACCUCCAAACCCCGGUCCGCGGAUGGCCGCAGUCCUCGCAGUGACGCCCUCCACUCUUAAUCUGGUUCCAGGUACCCGGGAAGAAGACAGCCCUGGACCACCCGGCCAACCCCCGCAAGCCAUGACGGCGUUCGUGAUUUCGACCGGCGAAGCCCUCCCGCCGGUCCUCAAGGAGCACACGUACGACAACGGAGGGUUCGUCAACGAAAGGUGUUCGCGAAACGCCGCACACAACGCGCUUCCUGGGCAGGGCAACGCGGCCCGCCACACCAAAGAGUCGCUCCAGGUGAAGACGACGGGCCAGGGUUCAGCGGGACCAAAGGACAGGCGACUUCUUGCACGGUUACGACGGAAGGCGUGGCUUUUGCCCUUGUUCCACACGCAGUUUUGGGUGUCGGCUGCCUUUUCCUUGAUACAGCCCUUUUAUCCUCAUCUGGCCGCAGACGCUGGCCUUGAGGCCUGGAAGUAUGGAUUCGUUUUCUCGACGUACAAGAUGGCAAUGCUCGUGGCAUCCCUUUCCGCGGAUCGGUUGAUGAAUCUCCUUUCUCCUCUUAAAGUAUGGUUCAUCGGACUGCUUGGCUUCUUUGUAUUCACUUUGGUUUUUGGAGCACUCUAUUGGUCUCCCGGCGGCAAUAUUUUGCUUGGGCUUUCUCUCGGAUUGGUUACCGCGGGAGGCUUUACUCAAGUGUUAUACAUUGUAAGCGUAUACUCUGUGGUCACCACCAGGUUUCCCCACAGCACGGGUCUCAUCAUUGCAUCGUUCGAAUGCGUGUGGGGAGUUGGAAACAUGGCAGGGUCAAUCAUCGGCGGAGUCUUGAUCGACGUAUGGGCCUACCCUUUGCCUUUCUUCGUGACGGCCUUUAUAAUGAUCCUGCCUUUGCCAUUCAUCCUGAAGGGCGGCACAGUGCCUUUUCUCGAGCCAAAAGCUGCUCCGGAUCCGCAAGAUGCGGCACAUCCUCAAACAAAUAUGAAAUUCAUUCGGCUCCUUUGGGACCCCAUAUUCAUCAUAGACAUGAUCACACUAAUGCUAAGUUGGGUCAUCAUGGGCUUCAACGAGCCGACGCUGGAGCCUUACCUUGUACAGUUUCAUCUCAGCAGCACGGAAGUUGGCGUCGUCUUCAUGGUGCAGUUCGUCAGCUACGCUGUCGGCGCGCUGAUAUCUGGACUUCUCUGCCACUUUAAGGCAGAAACGUUUUUCAUGUUCAUGUCACAGCUGAUGACGGUACUGGCGUACCUAAUCCUGGGACCGGCCCCUUUCAUCCCCACUUCACCGGCCCUGUGGAUGGUGUACCUGUCACAAGUUCUCACCGGCGUCGGAAUGUCGGGGCAGUUUAUUUGUUCCUUCUGCCAUGCCCUCAAGUACUGCAUAAAACGAGGAUAUCCCGAUGACGUUCGGACAUCCGGAUUUGUGUCAUCCGUUGUCUUCACAUUUCUUGUGUUUGGAGCCAUGACGACGCCGCCGAUAGCGGGUACCUUGGUCGCCUCCUACGGGUAUCGGAAAGGAUCCAUGUUCCUGUUUGCGAUCCUUUUAUUAUGGACACCCGUGACGCUUUUCCAGUGGUUACGGUCGAUUAUCUCGCCAAGCAACACUGUUCAAGUCACAGUAGUCGAAACAGGAGCGUGAGCUUGAACAUACGGCAUUCGGUAAACACGGUGCGACUAAACAUUUGUAAAUAAACACUACUUCCUUAAUCUA